UUAUUUUCUUCGAGCGCUGCAGCAUUAGUAGCUCGUAUUGUAACGCAUCCUGUGGACACGAUUAAAACAAGACUGCAGAUCAUAAACACAACAACAAAGAUGCCUUCUAUUUUCAAUGUUGCCUUCCCACUAACCACACUUUAUCGAGGAUUACCUGUGUCCAUGCUAUUCUCGGUACCUGCACUAUCAGUAUAUCUAUCUUGCUAUGAGUGGUCAAAACAGACACUAAAUACAACGUACAAACUAUCGAGAGAUACAGUCAUGAGUCAUCUACUAUCGGCUUGUGCAGCUGAAGUUGUAGCUGGUGCUCUCUUUACACCGAUGGAAGUGAUGAAAAACCGAUUACAAACACAGCAAAAAGAUAGUACGAUCACACUUGCUAAAACAAUUGCCAAAACAGAAGGCUUUCGAGGAUUUUUUAGAGGCUAUUGGAUGGGAAUGGCGGUGUUUGUGCCUCAUUCGAUGAUAUAUUUUGUAACAUAUGAGUCAAUGAAACAAUGGAUGAACCAGAGCCAUUUUCAGACAUAUAUGCUUUGUUCAACUGUUGCAGGCGUAACGAGUAUUGCUGUAUCUACGCCACUGGAUACAAUUAAAACAAGAUGGCAAGUGUCGGCUGCAGAUCAAGGACAGCACUUUAGACAAGGACCUAUUGCGAUUGCAAAAAAUAUGAUCAAGCAAGAAGGACGCGUGGCACUCACCAGAGGACUAUUGGCACGCAUUGCUUGCGGUAUACCCUCAACGACGAUCAGUAUGACCAUUUUUGAAGUACUUAAAGAU